GCAGUUUCUUAUCAACUCCAUAUUAUAUAUGUGUGUAUCUUCUCUUCAUUGAACCCAACAAUUAACUUGGGCUUCUCUUAAGAUCUUCGCUCGGAGGAUUAUUAUAUUCUUAGCUUGGGGAUUUGCUUGCAGCCAUGGAGUUUACUAGCUUGGUUGAUACUUCGUUGGAUCUCAACAUUAAACCUCUCCGGCCGGCCGCCGACGCCGGAGUACCGAAGCAAGAAGUGGAGAGCAAUUUCAUUGGGUUGGGCAUCAACAUGACAAUAAAAAAUGAGGCGGAUGGUCUAAUAGAGGAGUUGAAUAGAGUGAGUGCGGAGAACAAGAAACUGACGGAAAUGCUGACAAUCAUGUGUGAGAAUUACAAUGUUUUGAGGGAGAAAUUGAAGGGGUAUAUGAUGAAGAACAACAAUGGAUGUGAGGAAAACAGUAGCCCUGUGGGUGUUCUGCCGCAGGGAUCAAGAAAGAGGAAAUCGGAGAGCAACAACGUUAAUACUAAUGGAGGACACUCGGAGAGCAGCUCCAGUGAUGAAGAUUCUGUCAAGAAACCCAGGGAGGAACAACAACACCAUCAUCAUCAUCAUCAUCAACAACAACAACAGCACAUCAAAUCUAAGACCUCCAAGGUUUAUGUCCGGACGGAAUCAUCUGAUACUGGCCUGAUUGUAAAGGAUGGGUAUCAAUGGAGGAAGUAUGGGCAGAAGGUGACUCGAGAUAAUCCAUCGCCCAGAGCUUACUUCAAAUGCUCUUUUGCUCCCACCUGCCCAGUCAAGAAAAAGGUUCAGAGAAGCGUGGAAGAUCAGUCCGUUUUGGUGGCAACCUAUGAGGGAGAGCACAACCACCCACACCCCUCAAAGAUAGAUCAAUCCUCCGCCGCCGCCCCUUCCACUCCGGCCACCAUCACCACCCGUCCUGCUCCCGCCGCCGCCGCCGCCUCAGCAGGACCAACCAUCACCCUUGACUUAACAGAGCCCAAACCAUCAUUACCCAUCACCGCCAUGAACAGUAACAGUAAAGUCUCCCCCACCGCCACCGCCGCCGCCGCCAGAGUAUUGCCGCAGCUGGCAGACAGACCGGACUUCCACCAAUUCUUGAUAGAACAGAUGGCUUCUUCCUUGACAAAAGAUCCCAGCUUCAAAGCAGCUCUUGCAGCCGCCAUUUCCGGAAAAUUCAUCUUUCCUCAUAAUCAGACAGAAAAAUGGUAAUUUUUUUUUUUUUUUUUUUACCGUAGAAGCUUUGCAGUUGUUUUUGUCAUAGUCUUUGACGAAUGGAAAGGUUUGAAGUGAAGUAGAAGUAGUUGAAUUAAUGUAAAUACCAGUUUAGGGUACAUCAAAAUCAAUGUUCAAGAGGGGCCCAUACCAUAUGGGUAGCUAAGAGCUUCAAGGCUACUUUUGAUUGGAUUACUCAAGUGGUUGAAUUCAAGACUUUAAAUCACAAUUAAGAAUUCUUACCAACUUUGCUUGACUA